AUGAGCCCAAUCAAACGUGUUGGUGGUGCGGCUGAACCAGCUGCACAUACCGUGGUGGUCGACGACCAUCACCUGGAAGAAAAGUCGGCAGCGCCUGCGGAGGCGAUCGAGAAGAUGCUAGCCAUGCUAGGAGACCUGUCCGAAAGGAUGAACCGGAUGGAGGUCUCCCAGAGAGAGCAAGGCGGCAAGAACCGGCAGGGCCUACCCGAGUCGAGUAUCGCCGGUCGGCAACAGGAGGUCGGGGCAGGGAUUAAUCUCCAGACUUUGGACCGUACCCCUCCUAAGGAAUCCCCAAACGUGUCACCAGCAACCUAUUUCGGUAUUCGGCGACAACAACAGGCAGGUGUUGAAGGUCCUUGCGCGAGAAAAGCAGAGGAAGGAGUCAACAUGGGUCAGGCCCUGGGAUAUACCGGGCAGCCGGGAGUCGGCAUGCCGGACGCGCAACAGCGGAAGCUGGCAUUGCAACCUUUCGACGGAAAGGAGCUCUACCACGGCCUUGGCUGUGGAUUCAUGGAGUGGGGCAAAGAAUUUGUCAGACAAGUCGGGUUUGCUGAGCGAGCGUGUGGUUUCGUGUGGCCAGAGGACAUCAAGGUUGAUGUUCUAGGUCAGCACCUAGCCGGCAAGGCACACACCUACUAUCGUCGUCAAGUGGAAACGUGGUGGUUUGAAAACCAAACCCUGGAACAUGCGGUGCAGAGACUACUGCAGACCUUCACGACGAAGAUCUCGCCAGCACAAAGCAUAAAGUUUUUCACAGCACCCAAAGCAUCCCAUCGAAACUGGACAUACCAUUUUCUGUACUUGACGGCCGUCAGUGACGCCUGUGGAGGUGCAGACAACCUUGUGCUGGACAACAUCGUCCAUUAUGCUGACCCAUACAUGCGAACGACGAUGUUGUCCAGAUUGGACAUUUAUCGCACCGAUUACCUGCGGCAAGCAGACGAGUUGGCGCAAUUUGCCCAAUCGACGGAGGUGGACACUCACUCGAAGAGUUUUGGACGCGAUGUGGUGAACACUGUCGAGGUUGCGCAGGAGUUCAAGGACAAACACAAAUCAAGACCGUCGCUACCACGCACCGACACCCGGACUUGUUUCAAAUGUGGAGAAGUGGGUCACAUUCGUUCGAGGUGCCCCAAAAUGAAGAAGAAGCCAUCGGGUGCGAAUUUCGUUUUCGCGGUUGGUCGCGGUGCGAGUCGCUCGCCCGGACAAUGGAUUCUCGACAGCGGUUCGAGUAGACAUUUGGUCAAUGACCCGAGUCUGCUGACUGAUCCGAUUGAUUGUCGAAGUGAGUGCAUUACUGCAGCCACUGAUGGAAGUGCGCUGCGGAUCACCCAACAAGGAACUGUAGACAUCCAAGUCGUUGCACUUGGAGUCGUGAACACAGUGAGACUCCUCAAUGUUCAGUAUGCGGAGAACCUCGAGCGUAGCAUCCUUUCCUACGGAUUGCUCGAGGCAAAAGGUUGCGUACUUGAAUAUCAAGGAGGGAGGCGCGUGUUGUCUUCCGGUACGGGCGGUACACCCAUCAUGGAUGUGGAAUGCUGCAACAACGUGUUGGUUGUCGCGGUGACAAAUCACAGUGAUCGUAAUUCCAAGCCACCACAAGAGGCACUGAUGACUGUCGUCAACCCACCUGAAUAUGAAUCCGAUUCGGAUGUUCUAUGCGGUACCUUGAUGGACUUUCAUCGACGUUUAGGACACCUUUGUUUCGACACGAUCGUCAAGAUGGCGAACGAUCCGGCAUCAUGCAUCCGACUGACUGAUUCGACACGUCAAAAGUGUCUGGCCUGCGCCCAGGGAAAACAGACCAAAGGAGCCCAGUCGAAGAGAGAUACAGGCGCGAAUUCGCCAAUCGACGCGAUCGGGGGAGUCAUUUGUUCGGACCUUAAGGAUCCCAUGACCCCCCGAGAUCGUUUGGGAAAUCGGUACAUGGUCAACUUCAUCGACCACCGUUCGAGUUACUGUCGAAUAUUUUUGGCCAAGUCGAAGGAUGUAGCCGCGUCAAAGUUCAAGCUCUUCAUGGCAAACUUCGAGCGCGAGUUCAAUUGCAAGGUUCAUGUCUUACGCACCGAUGGAGGUGGCGAAUACAAGACACUCGAUAUUUUCUGCUCUUCGAAAGGCGUCUUGCGUCAAGUAAGCGAGGCGAAAAACCAAGCAAGCAACGCCAAGGCUGAACGGAUGCACCGCACCGUCAUGAACAUGAUUACGCCUCGCAAGGCUCCCGUGCUGACAGACAUUGUGGCCUUUGGUUCAACACGCACUGCGCACAGAGACCCGAAGAACAAGUCACUUGGUGAACGAGGCAAGGCGGGCAUCGUCAUUGGGAGAGGCAGCGAAACGAAGGGAUACAAGGUGUACAUCCCAGUGGAUAAGGUGGUCGUGGUGACUCAACAUGUUCAAAACAUUGAAGCACCACAGGAUGACCAGGAUGAGAGAAAGACCUGUCCAGACACGGCACGACGUCAGGAGGAGCCAGGCCCUGAUCAUCAGGCGGAUGAAAAGGAUCGGUAA